CAAUGGCUUUCAAGUUGGUCGCUCUCCUUGCAGUCCUGGCUGCAGCCCGAGCUGGAACUGUUCAGACUGUUGUCCCUUUUGGCUUCGCCGCCCCCGCCUUUGCCCCCAUUGCCCCUGGAUUAAACUGGAUUCAGGCGCCUUCUCAAUAUGGAACCAUCAUGCCGCAAUACAGCCGUGAUUCCACCGCCACCUCGGGAUCGGGAGUUGUUCUGAACCAGUUGUCAUACGAGGUCCAAAACGGCAAUAUACUUGUAAGGUCCACCUUUGACAUUGCGGAGCGUGAUGGAAAAGUACGCACUGUAGCCUAUUACGAAGACCCUAGUGUCAUUUUCAACUUAGUCGCAAACAAACCAUCCACCGGAGAGGCCGCUCCUGCCCCUGUUCUACCAAAUCAAGCAAGCGCUAUCAGGGAAAAGUUGAAGGAAGAGAAACGCUAUGGUGGCAUCAUUCUGAGGGCGACCUUUGACCUGGUACAGCAUGACGGUAACUUGCGCACUUUGUCCUUCUAUGAAGAGUCAAGCAUCAUAUUCAACUUUCUUGCUAACAAAGCGCCCACCGUUCCGUAACGUCCUGUCUUUGCCGCUCGUCUGAUCGCCCCUUCUCCUUUGGCUUCGCGAUAAUUAUGCAUUUUGAAGACUUGUAUCACUCCUUUUACCACGCCUGUGCUUGGAAAUGUAUUCUAUAAUCAUGUACUACUCAUUUAACGAUAGAAGCCAUCAAUUUUUGUUUAUCAAAAUAAAGAA